AUGUAGCAGCUUUUUGAUAAUCUAAAAGAUUUAUACAGUAUUAAUUUAAUUGAUAAAAAUAAUGAUAGCAAUUAUGAAGAAGUUUAAGAGAGUAAAAUAAUAUUUGUGGAGAAAGAAUAAUAAGAUUAUGCUCUAAAAAUAAUAAAUUUAAAUUAAAGUGAAAGUAAUAAAAUAGAUGAUGAGAGAUUAUAAUAAUAAUUAAUUUAUGUGUAAUUUUUAAAGAAAACUAACCAUCCUAAUAUAGUUAGGUGCUAUGAUUAUUACGUUAUUGGUAAUUAUUUAUGUAUUCUUAUGGAAAAAUAUUAAUAUAAUUUAUCAUAAUGCUCAUUCGAUUAUGGUUGCAUGGAUUGGGAUGAAACAAACAAGUGUCGCUUAUAUUAGUUUUUUGAUAUUCUAAAUGCAGUAUCAUUUAUUCAUUAAAGUGGAUUCUUAAUAAGAAAAUUGUCACUUAGUAAAAUAGUUUUUGAUGACGAUUACCGUUUAAAAAUUUAUGAUUUUUAGGUUUAAUCUAAAGAUUUGUCUUUAUUUCCUUCAAGCGAUUAAAAUUUGCAAUCUUAAUUUAGAAUUGAGUAAUAAAAACUAUUUAUUUCGUGUAACCAAAAUUAAUCUAAGCAAUAAAACAGCUGGAUAAUAGGAACGUUUUUGUAUUAUUUAUGUAUAAGAAUCGGUGAAAAUAAAGUCAACAUGAUAAUAGAUUUAGUUGAAGGGAAAGAGUCAUUUAAAUAAAUUGAAAAUCUACACUAAGAUUUGAAUAAUGUGCUAAAAUUAAUGAUAUAAAAUAGAAAUUAAGAGAAUAUCAUAGUUUAAGCUAUGAGUUUGCUGUCAGGAGUAGAAGACUAUUAAGAAAUAAUAAAAUUUCUUUAAGAUUAUUAGUUAGUAAAAAAUGAAGAAGAAUAAUACCCAAUAAUCAAAAGAGGUAAAUUAGUUAGAUUUAAUGAUUCUCAGCCACAUAUUUUGUUUGAAAAAUUAAAUAAAUUUCUACUUUAAAAAUACCCUGAAAAUAUUGAGUACAUUAUUGACAGAGUAAUAAUUCUAUAACAUGUAAAAGAAAAUUUUGAAAUAAGUAUUGAAUUAUGCUAGAGAGCUUUGAAAAUUGAUUGCAAUAAUGAAUAAGCUGAGUAAUACCUUUGUUUGUCUUUAGCAGAAAAAUACAAAGAUAAAUAUAUUGAUUACUUUUUGGAAUUCUUAUUAAGAUUUCCUGAAAAUCAAAUAGUAAUAUCUAGAUUAGCAAGCGCCUAUUAUGAUAAAAAAUAAUAUCAAAAUGCAUUAGAGACAUACAGCUAAUUAUUAUUAUUAAUUGACAAAUAAGAAACUAAAAUUCUCUCAAAAUAUUGGGUCUACAUUUUUAUUGGUUAAAUAUUAAGAAAAAUGAAAAAGUAUGAGGAGUCUAUUAACUUUUUCAAUUUGAGUAUUGAAUAUUAUGAAUACAAAAAUGGCUUACAAAUUACUUUCUAAGAGCUAGUUAAGUCUUAUACAAAACUAGAAAAAUACUAAGUUGCUAUUGGUUAUUUGUAAAAAAUUGAACCAAAUUUAAGUUUUAGAAAAUAUUAUAUGGGAAAAAUUUAUUUUAAAUUAGAAAAGUAUGAAGAAUCUCUAAAGUAUCUUUAAAGUAUUAGAAUUAAUUACAAUUAUAAACUCUAAGGUAUGAUAUCUGAAAUAUACUUUAACUUAAAAGUUUAUGAUAAAGCAGUAGAAAGCUAUAAGUCUAAUAGAUGA